AUGGAUAUAAACGUGCAAUCCCACCGGUUCUACUUCCCUCAGAUCUACUGUACUGAGGCUGUGCCUGCUGGUGCCCAGGUCCAGGUCACAGCGCAGGAGUUUAAAGUCAGCGUCCCCCUCAGUGAGCAGAGUAUCUGCCAGGCACGAGCCUCUGUCAUGGUGUAUGAUGACGGCAGUAAGAAGUGGGUUCCCAUCAAGCCAGGCCAGCAGGGCUUCAGCCGCAUCAACAUCUAUCACAACACUGCCAACAACACCUUCCGCGUGGUGGGAGUCAAGUUACAGGACCAGCAGGUGGUAAUCAACUACUCCAUAGUGAAGGGUCUGAAGUAUAACCAGGCCACGCCAACCUUCCACCAGUGGCGUGAUGCCCGUCAGGUCUACGGACUCAACUUCGCCAGCAAGGAGGAAGCUACCACAUUCUCCAAUGCCAUGCUGUUCGCUCUCAAUGUCCUCAGCACUCAGGACGGAGGCCCGGUGGUCCCGCGCCCAGUGCAGAAUGGGCCCACUACAGACGAGAUGGAGGUGCAGAGAGCAAGGCAGAUGAUGGAGCAACAGCAGAUGCAGGCCCACAUGGAGAGGGAACGACGAUCCUCGAACCCAGCCCCCAUGCCGCCCCCCAUGUCCAUGGGCUCCUCUUUAGGUGGAGGCCCCCCCUCCCUGGGUGCCCCUAUGCCUCCUCCCCCUCCCGGGCCCCCUCCCCCCUCGGCAGGGGCUCCCCCGCCCCCCCUGCCUCCUCCGCUGCCCAUGGGUGGAGGGGGACAGGGUGAGGAGGCUCCCGCCCCGACGGGACUCGCCGCCAUGAUUGCUGGAGCCAAACUGCGCCGCGUCAAUAGACCUGAGGACUCUAACUCUUCAGGAUCGGGGGCCAAAAACGAUGCCAACAGGACGAGUGGCGGCAGCGGAGGACUGAUGGAGGAGAUGAACGCUCUGCUGGCGCGGAGAAGGAAAGCAGCGUCAGAGAAGCCUGAAGACAGCCAAAACGAUGACCCGAACGGAUCCCCUUCACCCAGCACCAGGGGUGGACAAAACGCCACAGAUGGAGGGAAGAAGCCAUGGGACAGAGCCAACUCUGCCGAGAGGUCAUCACUGGUAUCAAGGGUACGACCUGUGGGGAGUAGCAGCGACACAGACGCCUUAGACUUUGACAGAAUGAAGCAGGAAAUCUUGGAAGAAGUCGUUCGUGAAUUGCACAAGGUGAAGGAUGAGAUCAUUGACGCCAUUAGACAAGAACUGAGCAGAAUCAGUACGACAUAA